AUGCAACCUGUAACUUGCUCACCAGCGAGGGGCUGGCUUGGCUUCCCACCCUCCGAACAGGGGGGUCCGAUCUGCAGUCCACCCCUCCUGGAAGUACCUCCUGUGAAGCAGUUUCCCCCCCAACACCUCUCCAUCACCACUCUCAAUAUCAUUGCCACCAUCACCACCACCAAAAUGACCACCACAACCACCACCAUCCCAACCCUCACAGCCCACACCCACGCCAAAUCCCAAUACAUCACCACCUCCUCCCGCCUCGCCGCCCGCCUCUCAAUCCACAACUACAACACGCACCCCCAAUCCUGGUUCCAAUUCGCCCAAACCUUCAUCCCCAAAAGCGGCUCCAUCCUCGAAGUCGGCGCCGGCACAGGCGCCCUCUGGUCCCCCCCCGCCAUCUCCUCCCCCUCCCAACUCUCCUCAGUCACCUCCCUCACACUAACCGACUUCUCCCCCGCCAUGGUAGCAACCCUCAACUCCAACCGUGACAUCGCCGCCCUUGAAUCCAUCCUUCCCAAUGUCAAAAUCCAGCAAUGCGACGCCACUUCCCUCCCAUUUCCCGACUCUGAAUUCGACACCGUCGUAGCAAACCACAUGCUCUACCACGUCGACAACCCGAUCGCUGCUCUCCAAGAAUUCAAACGUGUCCUCAAAAAUGGGGGACGGCUAGUCGUGGCGUUGAACGGACUUGAUCAUCUCAAGGAACUUUUUGAGAUUGGGGGGAUGGUAGGGAGGGGGAGUACCAUUGCUGGGUUGGCGAAGAUAACUGCUGAGAAUGCACUCGAGCAGAUCGAGGGGGCAGGGUUUGAGGGGGUGGAGAGGGAGAGGUUUCCUGGGGAGUUUAGACUGCCGGGGGUGGAGCCCGUGUUGGAGUAUUUGGAUAGUGUUGGGGAGACGGACAUGGAGGAGGGGAAGAGGGACACAGUGAAAAGGGUUGUUGGGGAGAGGUUGGAUGAGGGGGGGGGUUUCAGGGUGGAGAAGAAUAUGGUUGUUUUUGUUGGGAGGAAGCCGUAG